UAUGGAUCCUAUUCCACGCAUAAUUAAAUGAAAAUUACGUAUUUUAAACGUGUGAAUUAAAUCGGCGCAGUGCGUUUUGAUGUACUGUGAUGGAAUCGAUAAACCAGUGCCACUGCUGCCUGCAGCGGCCUCCGGCGAAAGAUUUGAGGACGCCGUACACUCGUCACGGCAUAACGGAGAUAUACUCACUCAUGAUCGAAGAAUGCUUCGUGAUCAAACUGGCAUCAAGCAAUGAGGAGCAGAGUGGUAUCUGCGGGGAGUGUUUGCGACUCCUGCGGGAGGCGAGCUCCUUCAAGAUGCAGGUGCAGCGCUGCCAGGCCGAGCUGCGUCAGAGGCUCCAGGCAGCACUGAGAGCCAAAGAGGAGAAAGCCUUAGAUGGUACUCUUGAAGAUUACACGUGCAGCGAGGUUCCCGAACCUUUGCCUUCUGACGAGGAGAACCCGGGCCCGUCUUGGAAAGAGGAGCCGCCAGACGAAUAUCUGACACAUCCAGACGAAGAGAGCCCGGCACCGCCUUUUAAAGAGGAGCCACGAGACGAAUAUCUGUCACUUGGGGAGUAUGAAGUUGACAGAGCGCCUCUGCCCUCGCGAGCUGUUCAGCAGCUCUCGCUGGGGUGUUCCGUGAAGGUGGAGCGCCUCAGCGACUCACCGCUCGCGAGCCAGCCGUGCCACGUGACGUCACACCGCGAGAGCGACGAACAAGCCUACACACACGAUACCCGCCCCACACACGACUCUAGUUUGAACACACACAAACAGGAAAAUAUCACACCAGUAACGAAUACCGAAGUUUACUGUUGCGACAUGUGCGCUCACCUAUGCACGUCAAAACUUACUCUAAUCCGCCAUAUCAGAACACAUACUCACCCGGAGGGAAGGCACAACACAUGCGAAGUUAACCACGAAAAAAUUAACAGUAGAAUAAAAGGAUACAAAUGUAAAAAAUGUAACAAAGAAUUCACUUUUAAAAAAAGUUUAGUUGCUCAUGACAGAAUCCAUACUGGCAUGAUGCCAUACAAAUGUAAAGUAUGUGACAAAGAAUUCACCUGUAAAUGGUUUUUAGUUCGUCAUGAAAGAAGCCAUAGUGGAAUAAAACCAUACAAAUGUAAUGAAUGUAAUAAAGAAUUCGCUCAAAAAUUUAAUUUAGUUACCCACAAAAAAAACCAUAAUGGUAUUAAACCAUAUAAGUGUAGAGAAUGUAAUAAAGAAUUCAUUAUGAAAAGAAGUUUAACUGACCACGAAAAAAUCCACAGUGGAAUAAAACCAUACAAAUGUAAAGUAUGUUAUAAAGAAUUCACUUUGGAAAAACGUUUAGGUUACCACGUAAAAACUCACAGUGGAAUCAAACCAUUCAAAUGUAAAGAAUGUAACAAAGAAUUCACUGUUAAAGUAUCUUUAGUUCGCCACGAAAGAAUCCAUAGUGGAAUCAAACCAUACGAAUGUAAAGAAUGCAAGAAAGAGUUUAGACAAAAAACACAUUUAAAUAUCCAUGAAAGAAUCCAUAGUGGAAUAAAACCAUACAAAUGUGAAGAAUGCCAUAAAGAAUUCAAUCAAAACAGUAAUUUAGUUGCCCACAAAAAAAUCCAUAGAGGAAUUUAACCAUACAAAUGUAAAUAAUGCAAUAAAGAAUUUACGAAAAAAAUAUUUUUAAUUCGUCAUGAAAAAAUCCAUAGUGGAAUAAAACCUAAUAAAUGUAAAGAAUGUAACUAAAGAAAUCUCUUGCAAAUGUAAUUUAGUUUCCCGCGAAAAAUUCCAGUAACUAUACAUGUAAUUUAUUACUAAAUAAAUCGUUUGCUUAAUGACUGCAUCCGAUUUAUCUACGGGCUCAGAAAGUACGACCAUGUUUCCAGCUUCCGCCGAAAACUAAACUGGCUCCCGAUCCGCGAGCGUGGGUCGUCUAGAAUACCUUGCAUACUCUAUAAUAUCCUGUUUGAUCCAGCCGGCGUAUCAAGCUAGGAACAUACUACGCGGACGUCCGUCGUAAAACGACCGCGACCGCGACCGAACAGUGUGCACGGAACAAAACAUCCAGUGAGCCAGAUUUCGA